AUGUACAAAGCAAAAGAUAUUGGGGGACGGCUGUCCGGUCGCCCCUGGACGUUCUCUUCAUUGAACCUAUUUAGAAUAAACGUCUUUUUCCAGCUCCACGGCCACGGACCCUCUAUCCUGUCCCUCCGCCUCAGGAAACGCGGUGGCAGGGAAGCGGCCCGCGCAACCGGGCCUUUCGCCUCCUCCCUUCCCACCGCUGGCGACUUUCAGCUGCAGACGGAGGCAGCGGAGGCCUUUGGGUUGGUUUUUCCGGGGCGGCUGCUGAAGCGGAGCGGAGGGAAGUCGGGUGUCAGCCUCCGUUUCCCUUCGGCCGUAUUUCAAAAGCCCCGUGGACGGACUCCCUUCCCAGCAGAUGGCAGCAAAACGGAGAGAAAGCGGGUGGAAGGGCGGGCGGGCAGGCCGGCAGCCGCCGCCGAGGAAAGGCUGGAGGUCUCCCGCAGCCCCGCUCCACUCCUCGCCCGCUCUCCUGGGCUUCCAGAGUUAAAGCAGCAAACUGAUAUUGUUACAGUAAUCUGUAAUUUCCUGUCCAGCAAUCGCACAGAAGGAGAAUCUGCAAGCAUGGGAUACAGUAAUGCGCUCAAAACCCCGCCCCUCCUGCGAGCAAAUAAAAAGGGGCGGGGCUUCCAUUGCAGUGGAGCACCUGCCAUCUUGCAAAUUUUGAUACACAAGCGCUGAGCCCUCUUCCAGUUUUAACAGAAAAGCAUCGCUACGUUGUGUAACUUCUGGAAAAAUUUAAGGUAAAAUCUCUUGGCUGAAUUUAAUUGGCCCUAAAUAUCAGUGGGGCUAGAACUAAAGUGAUUUACGUGUCCAGAUCGCACAGCUGCUGUGCGAUCUGUGCCAAAAAGAGCAGGAAUUAAUUUACAAUAUCAUAAAAUGCAAAACAGUCAUGAAUUAACAGUUUCGUAGAAUUCAAUAAAACUUAUUGCUGAGCAGACAAGUUUAUAACUGCCGUGGAAAAGAUUGGCUUUCUCCAAGUUGCAAUGAAGAUGGUUAACAAUGCUCAUUUUAAAAGAAAAUAAUGGACAGUUGUCCUCAACAUCUAGGCAGGUGUCUCAAAAAUGGACUGCAGUGGCAAUAUUUUCUACAACUUGUGAUUUUUCACAAUAUCUGACCCUCUUCACUUGUGUUGCAGUUAUUAUUAGACUGGGAAUGUUCAGCACCCCAAGAAAUUCCGAGAAAAUGUAUUUGAUCAACCUUUUGAGUCCUUUUUAUUAAUGUAAAGUAUUUAAAAUUGUUUCAAAAAGAGGACACAACUUAUUAAGUUGAUUCAAAUUUUAAACUAGUAAGCUGAAAUUAUCAAAUACACACAAAAUAUUCUUAAUGAUUCCCUUUAUUUCCUUUCAUUUCUUCCUUACUACAAGUAGCAUGUUAAUCUAAAUUAAGGACAUGUUUUACAUGCAGCUUUCCAAUAUUUUCAUAUACAUCCAUUAACAGACCCAAUCAAGAGAUUUAAUCAAAAUUUGAACCAUUACUGUAAAACCUUUUGUACUAUUUAGCUCUUAAAAUAGUAUAAUCAGAGAUUAUAAUUAAAGGGGCAUGACAGAGCAGCUCCAGAAACAAAAUCGUAUUUAUCACAGACUCUUCGUUUUUUCUUUUAAAAAAAAAAUAUAUAUAUAUAGAGAGAGAGAGAGAGAGAAAGAAAUCUUUAUUAUGAGUAGUAUCAUUAAAAUAAAUGAGGCUUACUCAAAAGGAAAAUUUCACAUUUACUGAUACUAAAUAUGUUGAUACAAUGUAACAUAAUAAAGUAUUGUCAGAAUAAAA